GCAACCUUUUCGUCUACGAUACGUGCACGCACUCAGUUUUAACUUGCUCCGAGUGUCGUUCGAGUGUUUUUAGCUUCCAAGUUUAAAAGACAGAGCAAACACAAUCUCAGUACUUCAAAUCCGAGAGAAAUGAAGAAGUUGGUGGUGAAAUUGGAUCUACAUGAUGACAGAGACAAGAGCAAGGCCAUGCAAGUGGUUUCUGGUUUUGGAGGGAUUGGGUCUCUGAGUAUGGACACGAAGGACAACAAACUAACAGUAACCGGCGAUUUCGACCCGAUCAAGGUGGUGAACAAACUGAGGAAAUCUUGGCACGCAGAUGUUGUAAGUGUUGGACCAGCCAAGGAAGACGACAGCAAGAAAGACGAGGGCAAGAAAGUUGAGGGCAAGAAGGACGAAGAUCAAGUCGCCAAUCUCAUAAAAGCCUAUCAAGCAUACCAUUCUACGCCGCAUACAUAUUACUAUGUGCCCCGUGAAGAAACCCCGAAUUGUGUCAUAUGUUAAAAUACUUUGUGCUUCCAGACCAAAUCAGGACUUGGUUUGUGCACUGGAGAGGAUUGAAUAAGGAAGGUUGAUUACGCCUUAUGAACAUAAGAACAAGUGGAGUACCCUCCUUAGAAUAUUAGCUUUUUAGUGUGUCUUUCGGUUUUUGUACGUGCAUAGGGUCCAAAUGUUAAAAAAGAUUGGUUUUCAGUUGAGGAACUCAAGGUAUGGAAGAGCCAUGAUGUACUCCAAUUCAACUCAAGGAUUGUUGCCAGCGAAUGGAAAAUCCAAUGGGUGUUUUAAA